AUGGAAGCACAGUACAAUGACAAGAAUACGUUGACGCAAGUUAUUACAACAACGACAAUAGUCAAAGACUACGAUCCUAACACUGGAAACAAACUGCUAAACGACUACAUGAUACUUAGAGAGAUAGGAAGAGGAGUCCAUGGCAAGGUCAAGCUGGCUCAACACAUGGGAACAGGAGAGCUAGUGGCUAUCAAAAUAGUAGAUAAAAAGAGUCGCAGACGACAGAUGGGAUACAGCUUAUUGAGAGAUCAUGGACCAGGAGGAGGAGGGACGGAGCCAGCAUCUAAAGAAAACGAGCAAAAGAUCAGAAGAGAAAUUUCAAUAUUGGAGAAAUGUUGCCAUCCAAAUGUAGUAAGAUUGCGUGAGGUGAUUGACGUUCCAGAGAGCCGAAAGAUCUACAUGGCAUUGGAGUACACAGAAAGUGGAGAGAUUGAAUGGAGAGAUAGCAAAGAUCAACCAGUAAUGACAGUCGAUGAAGCAAGGCGAAUAUUCAGGGACAUUGUAAACGGAUUAGAUUAUCUUCAUUUCCAGGGCAUCAUCCACAGGGACAUCAAGCCAGCCAAUCUACUAUUAUCGCACGAUGGCGUUGCUAAAAUAUCAGAUUUCGGCGUGUCUUAUUACAAUCCGUACCUUGCAUCAACACACACCGGCAUAGCACUGCAUCCAUCUGACGAAGAACUCAAUAGAAUCGACAGAGAACUGGCAGAAACUGCAGGCACUCCGGCUUUUUUUGCUCCUGAACUGUGCUGUGCUGGUGAUCAAUCCACUGCGCACACAAAAAAAUCUCACAUUUCGAAAGCGAUUGAUGUGUGGGCUCUGGGAGUUACACUUUACUGCUUUAUAUUCGGGCAAUGUCCAUUCAUUGCAGCAACAGAAUUCGAAUUGUUUGAUACAAUACCCUCUCAGCCGUUGACGUUCCCUCCUGAUUUCAAUAUUGAUCCAGAUUUGAAGGAUUUACUGAUUCGAUUGCUUGCCAAACAUCCCCAAGAUCGCAUAACAUUGGAUCAGGUAAAACGCCAUCCGUGGGUGAUUGCGGAUUUAGAUGAUUUCGAAAAUUGGAUUGCUACAACAGAACCACAUCACUAUUUUACCACCGUCAUUCAACAACAACCCACAGAUGAUGCAUUGGACGACAAUCCAAACGUUACCAUGAUGGACCGUUUACGUCAAUCUAUUAGAAAGCUAUCAUUUUCCUUUGCUGGUAACAGUGGAAAUCAAAAUUCAAGCCGGCGUAAAUCAUCCAAGCAGCAGCAGCAGCCACCAGUAUUACGUCCAGUUUCCUAUCAACCGCCUCCACCUACAGGCUCUUCACCCAAUCUACACCAACAGCACAACAACACAAACUUAAUGCAUCGUCUAUCUCAACCGCUGAUGAGCAAACAGCCUUCUUAUUCCACAUCUCUAUUACCUCAUGCCACAAAUUCAGUCAUACCCACUGUAUCGUUAUCAACAGGACAUACAUUAAUAUUUAAUUCUGUUGGUUUUUCUAGCAGUACUAUAUCAACACCACCUCCACCACCUCCCACUCAUCCGCUAAGGCCUAUAUCCCCGUCCUAUCUAUCAGACGACUCUUAUUCCAUUGCCGAACACCACCAUGAGCUCUACGAAGAUGAAGAAGAAUACAGUCAUGCAAGGGCCUCAACCUCUUCAUCAAAAAGACCUGAUCUCAGCAGAAGAGUCUCCUCUGCUUCCUCCUCCUCUGGUUUAGGAUUGACAUUUGGCCGAUAUCGUGGUGGCAUGACGCCUAUGGAAGUGACAAAUAAAUAA